AGUUGUCUAUCGCGGAGUAGAGCGUAGAGACGCGUUUACGCUUUCGCCGGUCUUCUCGAUGCGUUCUGUCCUAUUUGCGAUAUUUAUGGCUCGUAAUUUCAUUAUCAGACAAUAGCGAUUUCAUGAGAAUUCCAUGAGAUGGCAUCACAAUCACCGUUGCUGGCACAACGAAAAGUCACGUGGGUCGUGGAACUAGGAGAUAUACCCGCUCACAAAUUUGCUCCGUACGAGAGGCAUGUUAAUCACAGUAAAUAUGAGCGGGAGGAUGUGCAAAAGAAAACGUUCGCCAAAUGGAUAAACUCGCAGCUCGAGAAGAACGACAAACCGCUGGUGCAGGAUCUGGUGGCUGAGUUGCGCGACGGUGAGGUGCUGCUUUCGCUGCUGGAAAUUCUCACCGCCCAGCAAUACAAACGCGAGCGCGGGCGUAUGCGUGUACACCAGAUCAACAACGUGAACACGGCACUGCAGGUGCUCGACGCUAACGGCGUCAAGCUUGUCAACAUCAGCAGCAACGAUAUCGUCGAUGGAAACCCGAAGCUCAUACUCGGACUGGUGUGGAGUAUAAUCCUGCACUGGCAGGUACAGUAUCACCUGCGCGAGCUGAUGACUGAGACGCAGCAGACCAACCUCGAGAAGACCCUGCUCGCCUGGUGCCGCACACACACACAGAAUUAUCCUGGUGUGAACGUGCGCAACUUCACGUCGUCAUGGAGCGAUGGGCUCGCGUUCAACGCGCUGCUACAUCGGUGGCGGCCGCAUUUGUUCAAUUUCAACGACUUGGCGGAGAGCUCGCCCGCCCAAAGAUUAGAGCACGCCUUCCACCUUGCCAACCGACACCUGGGUAUACCGAGACUACUAGACCCCGAGGACGUGAACACGCCGAGUCCGGACAAGAAGUCAAUCAUGAUGUACCUCAUGUGCGUGUUUCAAUCUGUGGCGCGCGGGGGAGAGGACGCUGCGCCCGCAGCGGGGGAGGGCGAGAGUGAGGCGGGGGAGGCGGGUGAAACGGAGGCGACGGAAGGCGGGUGUGGGGGAAGACCGCUGUCAUCGGGUACGGGCGCAUCGGUGGAGGUGGGCGGAUAUAGUUUGGCGUUGGAGGAGGCGCUGGCGUGCUUGCUGGAGGCCGAGGAGCGGCUGCAAGCCUGUCCGCCGCUACCCACCGACCUGCCCGCGCUCAAAGAACGAUUCCAUCAACACGAGCGUUUCCUCCUGGAGUUGUCGGAGGCCCAGACGCUGGUGGGAGGCGUGCUUGAGGGGGGCGCGCGACUGUUGGGCUCGGGUGGGCUGACGCGGGAGGAGGCGGCGGAGGUGCGGCUGCAGGCGCGUUUACUCAACCAGCGAUGGGACUCGCUCCGGCACGCUGCCAUGGCCGCGCAGCAUCAGCUGCAUCACACGCUCAUGCACACGCAACGGGAACACCUGCAGACGUUCAGACAGUGGCUUACGGCGACGGAGGACCGCAUGUCGCGCAUGGGCCGGCUGUCGGGCGCGCCGCACGCCGUGCACGCGCAGCUGCACGCGCUGCAGGCCCUGCAUGCGGACCUGCGCCGCCACCAGCCUACUGUCGACGCGCUCGCCGACUGCGUCGUCGUGGUCGACGACCAGGCAGAGCCGGAUCACACCGUGACGGAGAUAGAGGAUGAACUGACGGCGUUGGGUGAGCGCUGGACGCACACGUGCCAGUGGACCCUGCAGCAGCUGCAGCGGCUACAGGACCUGCAGGCGCGCUGCACGCAGCUCGACCAGCAGCACGCGACCCUGCUGCAGGACAUCGAUGCGCUCGAGGCCGAGCUCAAGCAGAUGGAGGCGAAUCCGGUGGGGUCAGUGGGUGAGGUGCCAGAGCGGUGUGCGGCACUGACCCGCGUACGGGGCGAGCUGUCCCGGCAGCGGGCGGCUGCGGGGGAGCACGCGGCCCGCGUGCAAGAACUAUUGGUGGACUGCGACGACCGCGCCGACCGCGCCGGCCUCGUCGACCGCGCCGAUGCGCUGCAUGAUAGGCUCGAUGCGCUGCACCUUAUACUCACCGUACAAGCUGACCGGAUUAAAGAACUGGGCUUCGAAUUCGAAAUACCUCCAGAAGAUCGAUCCGAAACGGAACCCCCUCGCGGCGCUUCUAAAAAACCGCGACUCUCUGACCCCACGGUACAACAAACGACACAACCAGAACCAGAACCAGAUGACUUCGAAACCUGGGCAGAACAAUCCCUCCAGGAAAUUGAACGAGAUCGACCGAUCGAUUCCAAAUCGUAGAACGAAGCUUACGGGACACCGGAGGCGUAUUAAGUGCGAUAAACGACAAGGAAGACUUGGAACAACGAGCUCGACCGUUGCGAGAACAGCUGCAGGAGAUAGAGGCCUGGAGGCACAAGUGGAAGGGAGUGGCGCCCUCUGCAAACCAACUUAUACAUCUCAGAAAUAAAUUGCGCACUCUCAAACAAAUGAAACCCGCCCUAGACGAGCUGGCGGCCAAGGCUAUAGUUCUCCUCACCAAACCCCUGUCUCAGCUGCAGCGGGAUGCCGUCGACAGCGAAGCGAAGCUCGUUAAGCAAACUUACGACGACCUGUUAAGUUCUCUGAGCGACAAAGAAGGGGAAAUCAAACUUGCACUCGCUCGGAAAACUGACGACCCCCGAGCGAGGUUCGACGCUCUCCGAAACAGAAUAGUCACGAUGGAGAGUCAGAUACUGCAGGAGCACGCGCUCCUCGCCGCCGAUACUAACG